UCAAUAAUAUAUAAGCAAACCGAGAUUUAGUGCAUUUGAGUGUCUACCGUUCGAUAUGUCUAUGAAGCGAGUAUCGAUAGUCGGUGCAACGGAAUUGGGCGAGGGCCCGCAUUGGGAUCAACGAACGCAAAGUCUGUACUACGUUGAUAUCUUCGGCCAGACCAUAAAUAAGUACACGCCGGCAACGGAGUCGCACUCCAAAGCAAAGCUAGAUGAGAAUGUCACGUUCAUCAUCCCGAAAGACGGAGAACCGGACAAAUUUAUUAUUACUGUAGGCAGCAAGAUCGUUGAAAUCGAAUGGAACGGUAUCAGUCCGGAUGUUAAGAUAUUGAAGACCUUGACCGAGAUGGACUCUAAGAGAAUCAACGAUGGGAAAUGCGAUCCGCGCGGCCGUCUGUGGUUCGGUACGAUUGGCGUAGAUCCAGUCAACAGUGAGGCGAAAUCGGAGAUGGGCAGCUUGUUCUGCUUGGACCUCAUGGGCAAUAUAUCUAUGCACGUGAGCAACGUCAUGAUCUCCAAUGGUCUCACCUGGAACGCAGAUCGCACCAAGUUCUACUAUAUAGAUUCCAUGAAAUUCACCAUCGACGAAUUCGACUACGACGAUGUAACCGGGCACAUUGGAAACGGAAGACCGAUCUUCUCGUUGAAAUUGAACAAAAUAGAAGGAAUGCCCGACGGAAUGACCAUCGACAGCGAUGGAAAUUUAUGGGUUGCUAUCUUCCAAGGUUACCAGGUGAUCCAGAUAGAUCCUCGCAAACCGGAAACUAUCUUGCAGACUGUCAAAUUACCGGCAAAAAUGGUUACAUCCGUCGCGUGGGGCGGCUCUAACUUGGAUGAGCUGUAUGUAACCACAGCAAAUUUUAAAAUUGAUAACGAAGUACUAGAUGCAAAAGACGGACACGGAGGAUUGUUCGUAUUUAAGGGAUUGGGUGCACGAGGAAUAACCAUGAACAAUUGCAAAUAUAUUACUACUCACUGGUUUCGUAUAAAAAGGGUCGACUCAUUGUAUUGUCGAUCAUUCAACAUGCAGAUCCAGCAGCUUCAUAAUGCCGGUGCUACCGAAUUGGGAGAAGGACCCCAUUGGGACCAGCAGACGCAGAGCCUGUAUUAUGUGGACAUCUUCGAAAAGACCAUCAAUAAGUACACGCCGGCUACGGAAUCGCAUUCCAAAGCUCAACUAGAUGAACACGUCUCUGUGAUCAUCCCCAAAGACAGGGAGCCGCACAAGUUCAUCGUGACGAUGAACAGGAAGAUCGUGGAAAUAGAAUGGGACGGCGUCAAUCCGUGUGUCAAAAUCUUGAAGACCUUAGCAGAGGUUGACAAUGAGAGCAGUGUUAACACGAAUCGCAUUAACGACGGGAAAUGCGAUCCGCACGGUCGUCUAUGGUUCGGUACGAUGGGCGAGGAACCAAUUAAUGGUCAAAUAGCACCUAAUAAGGGCAGUCUCUUCAGCUUGGACUCAAGGGGCAAUGUUUCGAAGCACGUGACCAACAUUUGGAUUUCGAACGGUCUCUCCUGGAACGCGGAUCGUACCAAGUUCUAUUACAUAGAUUCUGUGAGGUUCUCCAUCGAUGAAUUCGAUUACGAUGAUGAAACUGGACAAAUUGGAAGUAGAAAAGCGAUAUUUUCUUUGAUCGCAAACAACAUCGAAGGCUUUCCGGAUGGAAUGACCAUCGAUAGCGACGGAAACCUCUGGGUUGCUAUUUUCAACGGAUUCCAGUUGAUCCAAAUAGAUCCCAGCAAACCGGAAACCCUCUUGAAAAGUAUCAAGUUACCCGCGAAACAGGUAACUUCCGUAGCGUGGGGCGGCGCGAACUUGGAUGAGUUGUACGUGACCUCAGGCAAGUUCACUGUUAACAAUGUUGUGCUUGACGCAAAGGAAGGACACGGAGGAUUGUUCGUAAUUAAGGGGUUGGGCGUUCGCGGUCUUCCCAUGACCAAUUGCAAACUAUAAACGAAUCUGUUACACAUAUAAUAUACAUAUAUAUAUAUACAAUGUACAGAAUGUAAAGACACUUGAAAUCGUAUCUGUAGAAAUA